UGACGGGGCGGUGACCGAGCACUUUGCGACAGUUGUUUUCCGACCACGCUGAGGGAUCGCCGCUAGAACCGCGGAAUAAUGGCUUCGGUUUUACUAUCAGCCCGCGGACCGUACUCAGCCCCAGCCUAUGGACCUAUGGGCCUCGCCCCGGACUGGGGGGAUCGGGGCGUCUCCACUGGGACGACCAUCAUGGCCGUGCAGUUUGAUGGGGGCGUGGUCCUAGGGGCAGACUCCCGGACAACUACUGGGUCGUACAUCGCCAACCGAGUUACUGACAAGUUGACCCCUAUCCACGAUCGGAUCUUCUGCUGCCGCUCAGGCUCAGCGGCCGACACUCAGGCCGUGGCUGAUGCAGUUGCCUAUCAGCUAAGCUUCCACAGCAUUGAACUGAAUGAACCUCCCCUGGUCCACACAGCUGCUAACCUCUUCAAGGAGAUGUGUUACCGUUACCGAGAGGAUCUCAUGGCUGGGAUCAUCGUUGCUGGCUGGGAUCCCUAUGAGGGGGGACAGGUAUACUCGGUACCCAUGGGAGGUAUGAUGGUUCGGCAGCCUUUUUCCAUUGGGGGUUCAGGGAGCUCUUAUAUCUAUGGCUAUGUUGAUGCCUCCUAUCAAGAGGGUAUGAACGAAAAGCAAUGUCUUCAGUUCACUGCCAAUGCUCUUGCUUUGGCCAUGGAGCGAGAUGGCUCAAGUGGUGGUGUAAUCCGGUUGGCAGCAAUUACUGAGAAAGGAGUGGAACGGCAGGUGCUUAUGGGAGACCAGCUUCCCCGAUUCCCUAUUACCACUUAUCCCUCUGCCUGAAGUCUGCCACCUCCCCCCUGUCUCUCAACACAGCUCCCUCCCCCCCCCCCCCAUCAAAAUCUAUCCUCAAAUAUACCCAAGAUUCAAUAAACUAUGGGUCAUGGGGAAAGUU